AUGAUAGAGCCCAUGAUAGAGCCCAUGACAGAGCACAUGACAGAGCCCAUGAUAGAGCCCAUGAUAGAGCCCAUGAUAGAGCCCAUGACAGAGCCCAUGAUAGAGCCCAUGAUAGAGCCCAUGACAGAGCCCAUGAUAGAGCCCAUGAUAGAGCCCAUGAUAGAGCCCAUGACAGAGCCCAUGAUAGAGCCCAUGAUAGAGCCCAUGAUAGAGCCCAUGACAGAGCCCAUGAUAGAGCCCAUGACAGAGCCCAUGAUAGAGCCCAUGAUAGAGCCCAUGACAGAGCCCAUGACAGAGCCCAUGACAGAGCCCAUGACAGAGCCCAUGAUAGAGCCCAUGACAGAGCCCAUGACAGAGCACAUGACAGAGCACAUGACAGAGCCUAUGAUAGAGCCCAUGACAGAGCCCAUGACAGAGCCCAUGACAGAGCACAUGACAGAGCACAUGACAGAGCCUAUGAUAGAGCCCAUGACAGAGCCCAUGACAGAGCCCAUGACAGAGCACAUGACAGAGCCUGUGAUAGAGCUUAAAUAUUCUAUUGCUUCAGGCAAAGAUUGUGUAUUCAGAAGUUAG